AUGCCCCCAAUCGGUGACGCUGCUAGACAAGUGCUACUGCAAUAUUCGCUUCCCAUACUGCAGGAGAGUGUUCAAAAGAAAUUCGAGCUGGCAAUGAGCGGUCUCGUAUCGAUUGAAAGUGAUCUUGGGAUGGUCGUAAUCUCCAUCCGCUCCUCAUUUGAGGAGGUCACCAUACUGAUGCGGGAGAUCAGCAAAAUUGGUAAAAUGCUGAAGUUUGACUCUGUUGUGCUUCUGGAGUACGAAAAAAAGAUCCCAAAGUCAAUUUUAAACCAAGCCCUUUCAAUAGCAUGCGCCAUAAUUGCAAGGGUGAAGGUCGAGACCAAAACAAGCGUUCUCAAAAUCAGAUUACUAGCCCAGAUACUUUCCUCCCUUGACCACCUACAUUCCGAGCUGUGGGGAGAGCCUGGGCUCGUUCUUUUUCAACGCGUGGAUUUCUCCUCUGACUUUGACAAUUGUUUUAAGGAGCUGAUAUUGGAAAUCGUAACGAUGCUCCAGCAGGCCACGUGUGAAAUUCUUAUGCAAAGCCAGCAAGCAGACCCCACAGCAGCCUUCGAAAAACACGGUGCAGUUUCUAAAAAAAUGACCAUAGCAUGCGCGGUCAUUCCCGGAUUGGAAAUGAUAUCGGGCGAAGCGCUCCUUUACGAUGUCCAAGCAACCUUUGCCAUGCUUGCCCAGUUGCAGCUGAAGGAGCCCUGGAACCAGCCAUCCAAAGUUAUCUCCCAGCGCAAAACUUCCCGCGAAGGAGGCACUGAUAAGUACCAAUGUCUGGCAAUUAUAGGCAUACUGCACUACAAUCAAAAUCCUCUUUCAUGGCGUGAAAUAGACGAUCGGAAAACGAUCUUGUGGGUCGAUGGUAUCAUCUCUCCACUGAAACGUCAAGGCAUCUUUCACUCGACCCUUAGUGCUGUUGGUCUUGUCGAUAAAGCUUACCAAAUGCCUUGCGGAGGAAGACUCUCUGUACUUAAAGAAAAAUUUGAUGUGAAGAGCCCACCAUCAACGCCAUCUGAUAGUUACGCUCCACUGUUCCCCAAUACCUUGUACGAUGAUGAACCUGGCCAAUAUAAUAUGAGCAGUGGAGAUCGUGUCUCAUUCUACUGCCCACCUUUAGGUACUUAUUCAGCUGGCUUUGGCCUUAACGAGUAUUUUUAUAUGGUUGGAGAUGUCUCAAAAUUGUACAUAACCGAGACGCUAUGUCUCUCCGAUUCGGAUAAAUUUCACAUUGUAAGCUGCGAAUCUCCCGAAGCCGUCACCUGCGAACGCCAACCUGUCUAUGAAUAUGAAUAA